AGCGAACAUGAAGAAGUCAAUUGGAAUUUGAUCCGUCUGGCUCUCUCAGAAUUCUAACAUGCUAUGCGAUUUCUGGUCUCUUGUUUUGUUCAUAACGAUCUAUACAUCAUCGUGUCUACUCUAAAGGCCAUAUUUUGAACCGAGAAGCAUUCAAUUUCAAUUCUCAAGUUGUUCCUGUUUCCUCGAGCUUUUCUGGGCAAUCAAUCAAUCAAAAUCUUCCAGGAGAAAAGUUGGUACGGAUGAUUUUUGUGGCGGAAUGUGUUAGUUGGUUUGGGAAUCGAUUAGUUCAGUUAUGCUUAUAAUUGGGGAGGAGAAUAGAGCAGUGAGACUGGUGGUAGUUGCUGAUGAGUAUUACAGGUUAUUACGAUCUCAUAUUGCUAUUGGCAUCCUCACCUCCUUCAUGGGCCAUUCUCAUUGCUUGUGUUUUUGUAAUUCUCGCCCUUUGCCUAUCCACGUUCCUUGUGUUCGAACACCUGUCUGCGUACAAGAAUCCCGAGGAGCAAAAAUUUUUGAUCGGAGUUAUAUUGAUGGUUCCGUGCUAUGCUGUAGAGUCGCUUGUAUCGUUGGUGGAUCCAUCAAUUAGUGUUUAUUUUGGGAUCUUGCGGGAUUGCUAUGAAUCAUUUGCCAUGUAUUGUUUUGGAAGAUACCUUGUCGCGUGCUUGGGUGGUGAAGAAAGGACAAUCGAGUUUAUGGAAAGACAAGGGCAUUCUAAGACUCCUUUGAUAGGACAUGACGAAAAGGGAACUGUAAAACACCCUUUUCCAAUGAACUACAUCUUAAAACCUUGGAAACUUGGUCAAUGGUUCUACCAAGUUGUCAAAUUUGGCAUUGUUCAAUAUAUGCUAAUCAAGUCUUUGACUGCUGUCUUAGCUGUUGUACUAGAAGCGUUUGGUGUAUAUUGUGAAGGAGAAUUCAAAUGGGGAUGCGGGUAUCCCUACAUGGCAGUGGUUCUCAAUUUCAGCCAGUCAUGGGCAUUGUAUUGUUUAGUACAAUUUUAUACUGUCACACAUGAUGAACUGGCACACAUUAAUCCUCUGGCCAAAUUUCUGACAUUUAAAUCGAUUGUAUUUUUGACUUGGUGGCAAGGUGUGGCAAUUGCUCUCCUCUAUGCCCUUGGUUUGUUCAGAAGUCCGUCAGCCCUAGGCUUGCAGUCGAAGUCAAGCGUGCAAGACUUCAUCAUUUGUAUAGAGAUGGGUGUUGCUUCCAUUGUGCACCUUUAUGUAUAUCCGGCAAAGCCUUACGAAAUGAUGGGAGACCUCUUUCCUGGAAGUGUUUCAGUCCUUGGAGACUAUGCAUCUGUUGAUUGUCCUUUGGAUCCCGAUGAGGUGAGGGAUAGUGAGCGUCCCACAAAGUUGCGUCUUCCUCAGCCGGAUUUUGAUACCAAGAGUGGAAUUUCCAUUAGAGAAAGUGUCCGGGAUGUUUUUGUUGGUGGUGGUGGAUAUAUAGCCAAUGAUGUGAAGUUCACAGUUACCCAAGCGGUGGAGCCAGUGGAGAAGGGGAUAAUACGUUUUAAUGAGAAGUUGCAUAAGAUUUCUGAAAAUAUAAAGAGGCAUGACAAAGAUAAAAGAAAAGUAAAGGAUGACAGUUGCCUUGCCACAUCGUCAUCCACUCGGAGAGUGAUUCGUGGAAUAGAUGACCCCCUCUUAAAUGGGAGCUUUAGUGAUACCGGAGUUAAAAAGGGGAGGAAGCACCGACGAAAAUCAGGAUACACUAGUGCAGAAAGUGGGGGAGAAAGCAGCAGUGACCAAAGCUACGGUGGGUAUGAGAUCAGGGGUCGUAGGUGGGUUAGCAAAGAUUAGUAUUUAAUUAGGGAAGAAAUGAAGCACUUGUAAAGCAGGAACACGUCUUACGUAAGCAUUAUGUCAGCAUGAUUGCGGUGCGCAUGGUCAAGCUGCUUGGUUCAAAUGCUGAGGGGACUAUUUCAUUCUUCAGGAGGUUGGAAAUUGUCUGUCCCAGGUUUUUUUCUGCUGUGGAUAUUUCCUUGUUGAGUGCUGAUAUUGAUUUCCAGGGUAGCUGGUCAAUUUGCACCAGUUUAAUGUGGUGGUUAUUCCAUGUUGUAUAGGCGUUGAGAAAUAUUCACCCUUUCUUUUCUCAAGGUGGGUGGGAGAGAUGUGGGGGAAUGGAAUAUGAGUGAAAUCAGUGGCUGUACUAUGAGAGAACUCUUGUAUCUUAUGGAUUAUAUUGUUCACAAGUUAUUUGUGCAGCUGUUCCUUUUUGCCCUGC